AUGUCAGGAGUUACGGACGUUCGCAAAUCCAUUCUCAUCACAGGAUGCUCUCCAGGUGGCAUUGGGAAUUCUUUGGCCCGUGAAUUUCAACGUCAGGGUCUGCGAGUCUUGGCUACUGCUCGUAAAACAGAGACCAUCUCCGAUUUGUCUGAUCUAGGUAUUGAGACUCUGAACUUGGAGGUCGAUAAUCUAGAGAGUGUCAAAGCCUGCUAUGCUGAAGUGGAGACACGGCUUGACUAUACCGUCCCUGCUAUGGAGGUUGAGCUAGAAGAAGCACGCCUCACUUUCGAGGUUAACCUCUUCUCUGUUAUUAACAUGUGUCAAACAUUUAUGCCACUUCUAAUCAACGCCAAGGGAACCAUUGUGCAGGUCGGAUCGGUCACCGCAGUUGUUCCUUAUGUCUUUGGAUCGGUCUACAACGCUUCUAAGGCUGCUUUGCAGUCUUUCAGUGACACUCUCCGACUCGAAGUAGCCCCAUUAGGGGUCCACGUUACGACCAUUGUAACUGGAGGUGUAUCAUCUCGAAUCGCGCGUACUGAGCGCCAACUAAAACCAGAUUCCUUAUACCGCGACAUCGAGGACAAGUAUCUCCAACGCGUCGUACAUAGUCAACACAACGCGAUGUCGCACGAUGAGUAUGCGCAGAGCGUCGUCAUUCAGAUUCUGUAUGGAUCUGCACCAUGGCGUUGGAUUAACCCAUGGGCUCAAGGACGAAAGCUUUAUAUUUGGGAAGGUCGCCUCAGUUGGGUGAUCUGGUUAGCUGCGGGAGGGUGGAUAUGGAUUGGGAUCUUUGGAAUGGUUCUCAGCCAUAUGUUCCAACUAGGAAGGAUCAAGCCAAGACAACAGAAAGUCAAGGCGAAAUGA